UCAUGCAGCAAGUAUUCUUUCAAGAAAAGCGCGAUGAGAAGCACCCUCUGCUUGAAAAUCGUGGAUCUGGUCCCGACGGGGCCCAUCCAUAUCACCGGAAGAUGCUUGGUUGUCCAUGUCCUGCGAUUUCGGCAAUGAUAAAUCAUUCUUAUUUGAAGGUGAAAGAUUCCAGUCAGAAAAUCCCAGUCCACAAGUUAAUGAUAGCUCUUGUAGAAUGUUACAACCUCAGUUGGACAUUUGCGAUAGUAUUUGCAAUAGUGGGGACACUCCGACUGGGUAAACUGUUUGGGUUUAGCAUCCAAGAGCUCGGUGAACAUGGAAAGAUUGAGCAUGACGCCAGCAUGACUAGAUUCGAUGCCGACAAAGGAAAUGCCUUGGAUCCCAGCCCAGAAUUGAUCGAUCAGCUGUUUCAAUCUUUGGGCUCGGGAGUCGACUCCAAGAACAAAGUCGUUACGUUGGAAGAUUUCGCCAAGAAGAAAUUGGAAUUAGAAAGCCGAUUGACGAAAUUCGAAAAUCAAUCAAAGGAUCAUAUUAACCUCCUAGGGCGAGGGGAAGUUUGCUUGGCCCUUCAAGCGAAUCUUUGUCUCCGGUCCGGCUCUGAAUCUCCCAAAGCCGGGACUGCAAGUUCGGAUGAAGGUAUCGCAGCAAAAACCGAUUGGAUGAGAACAUGGUUCACCGAGGAACGACUACCGGUUGAACAGGGAUGGAAGAAACCGGUUGCAAAGAUAACACUUCUAGGCACUUUGGCAUUAAUGAGAGAGAUGAAAGCACAUCAAGAGAGGUUAUCACGAAAGAAAGGAGCCUUGAUGUUUUCGUAAUCUCCAAAAGUCAUUAUAUUUUCCACAAGUUAUUAUUGUAAAGAUAAAAGCAAUGUGUUCACUUUUACAAACAUGCAUGGAUGAUGUUGAAUUUGAUCAGACUAGUGUCUAAGGGCGGUUGCGCCGACCAUAUAUAACACAUAAUUAUAACACUCUACAAAUUUGGACUUAGCCCAG